AUGGUAUUCUGCGACUAUUUUUGGAGCCAAAACUUUCCCCAUCUUCUCGACCGUGUACUUGACAAGCCAACCUACGCGCUUGACAACUUCAUCACACAAGAACAUGUCAUUCUGCACGAGCUGACGCAUGCUGAUAUCGCCGGUUCCCAAGGGCACAUCGACGACAUCAAAGUCAAGCUUCCAAGCGAGACAAACGAUGUCAAUAUCCCAAGAGGUAUUACAGAUGAGUCUUCUACGGCUUACGCGUGGUUUGCGAUGUCAAAGUACUUUCGCGAUGCAUGGGUCAUUCAUCUCAACGAACCAAAGGGCUUCAUCAACGGCAGCGUGACUCCUCUCGAUUCUGCUCACGAGCAGCCGAAUAAUGGUGACUGGUACGCGGGCGAUGAAUUUACGGACGUUGAAUGGACGGCGGAAUGA